GUACAAAACAUUACGCCCAAAAUUAAGAUUGAUUUGAGCACUAACAUCUCCGCACCAAUCUCUGGCAUAGUUAUUUGAUAUAUUAAAUUGCGGAGUUUUUUUCCCCCCUUUUAUAUUUUGACGGGAGCCACCGUUAUCCUUCAAUGGGCGUUUUCCCCGUCGUUAGUUUUUACUAUCUUUUGUUAGCAUAGCCUGCUUUUAACCUUGACUCCAAGCGUAUACCAGACUUUAGCUUGCUGCUAACUUUAGCUCUGAUAAAUCACUCAGUGCUCGCCUUUCUUCGUCUAUAACUCUAUUAGUUUCGUCCGCAAUGGAGGACGAAGCCUUGUCUAAUAUAAGCGGCAAAGCGAUAUCCCUGGAUUGCCAGACUCACUCCAGCUUUUGCAGGGAGUUCACUGUUAGCUCCCCCAAGAUGUCCAUCGGUAAAGUGAUGGUGUACACUUGUUCUGUGUGGCUCUUAGCUUAUGGUGUGUUCUUUUUCACAGAGAACACCGCAGUUCUCUCCAGUGCUAUUCUCAUCACCCUCACUGGCAUGAUGCUUCACAUCCACUUUGUGAAGGUGGACCACGAGUCUCUCCUUGUCAUCGGCUCCCUGGGCAUCCAGGUGUCCUCCAGCUACGCGUCAGGUCGCGAGGUCACCACUUUCAUCGAGAUGAGCAGGAUCAAAGACAUUGUCAUCAAUGAAGCUGUUUACCUGAAUCAGAUCAUCUACUACCUGUGUGUGCUGUUAAAGGAGCCUUCUGAACCCAAUGUAGUCUCAAGUGUUGUCCCAUUGUUUCAGAGCUCCAAGCCGAGGCUCAACUGCUUAGCGAAGGUUUACAAGAGCUGUCAAGAGAUUCUGUCCAAGUGCCAAUGACACAUAAGUCGUAUAACCUCAUAACAUUGUUCAUGGACCUUGUUUGAUUAUUUUACAUUUCUUUUUGACCGAUGAGAGCAGAGAAUGCAUUCUUUACCCAGGAUAUCUUAAAUAUUUACAGGAUUUAUUUCCUUUGUGAAUACAUCCAUGAAAUGAGACGGAUUUACUUUAUUUGUAAGCAGUAGUUUAAGUGUGUUACUUUGUUAUAAAGGUAGUUUAAUACUUGCUUUCAUAGGAAAACAUUCUUUCUCCUUCUAGUUGUUAACUUAUAUAGUGUAAUAUAUAUUGUACACAUUUUGUGUAAGUUAAUAAAUUUUAAAACAAACUUAA